AUGGACACGCCCGAACGCGAGGAGCCCUUCCUACUCACGCUGUGGCGUGACUGGGGUGACUACAUCCAGACAAACCUCAACAUCCCCCUCUAUGUCGUGCAGAUUGCCAGCACCAUCCUUGCACUCGGCUUCAGCGUCGUGCUGAUCCGCGUCGCCAACGCAGCCGCCAUAGCCACCGCCAACGGUCCGAAGCGCUACACCAUCCCCCCACCGAGAGCACCCCCGAACGACGGCAAGCAGACAGUCGAGGAGGCCACCAUCAAGCUCCCCGGCAGCUCCGCGAUCCAGUGCUACGCCCCCGCCACAGGCCAGCUGCUGGGCCUCGUCAACCCGUCCACGCCCGAGGGCAUCGACCGCGCCAUCGCGGCCGCUGAGGCCGCCCAAGUCCAGUGGAAGACGACAACGUUUGAGCAGCGACGCGCCGUGCUCCGCACGCUGAAGAGACACGUCAUGGACAAUGCGCAGGAGAUCUGCCGCGUCGCGGGCCUGGACAGCGGCAAGACGCUCGUGGACGCGCAGCUGGGCGAGAUCCUGGUGACGGUCGAGAAGCUCGAGUGGACCAUCCGACACGGCGAGCGGGCGCUGCGACCGUCCGCGCGGCCGACGAACCUUCUCAUGGCCUACAAGCGGAACAAGGUCGUCUAUGAACCCAUGGGCGUCGUCGCCGCCCUCGUCAGCUGGAACUAUCCGUUUCACAACCUCAUUGGCCCCGUCAUCAGCGCCCUCUUUGCUGGCAAUGCCAUUGUCGUCAAGGUCUCGGAGAACACGGCCUGGUCCAGUGCGUACUUUGCCAACGUCGUCCGAGGCGCCCUCGCUGCCCACGGACACGACCCGGCCCUUGUCCAGACUGUCGUCUGCUGGCCCCAGACGGCGGGCCACCUGACGGCGCACCCCAGCAUCAGCCACGUCACGUUUAUCGGCUCCCAGUCGGUGGCGCACCAUGUCGCGACCAGUGCGGCCAAGAGUCUGACGCCUGUCGUGCUCGAGCUCGGUGGCAAGGACCCCUUUAUCGUGCUCGACUCGGCGGCCAAGGACCUCACGCGCAUCGUGGAGAUUAUCCUGCGCGGCACAUUCCAGGCGUCCGGGCAGAACUGCAUCGGUAUCGAGAGGGUGAUUGCGAGUGGUGCCGUGUACGACGCGCUGGUGGCCAAGCUGGAGCCGCGUGUCAAGGCCAUUCGGCUGGGUCCCGAUGCGGACAUGGGCGCCAUGAUCUCGGACGCGUCCUUCUCGCGACUCGAGGAGGCCAUUGCGGAGGCUGUCUCGCAGGGCGCCCGUCUCCUGGCCGGUGGUAAGCGGUACGCGCACCCAGAGUACCCCAAGGGCCACUACUUCCUACCGACGCUGCUGGUCGACGUGACGCCCACGAUGCGCAUUGCGCAGAACGAGUGCUUCGGCCCCAUCCUGACGCUGAUGCGGGCCCCGUCGUCGUCGGCAAAGGACAUGCUGGCCAUUGCGAACGCGCCCAACUUUGGUCUCGGUGCGUCAGUGCACGGUUCGGAGCGCGACCCGGCCCUGCAGGCCAUCGUGUCGGGCCUCAAGGCGGGCAUGGUGGCCGUCAACGACUUUGGGGCGUACUACGCCGUGCAGCUCCCCUUUGGCGGUGUCAAGGGGUCAGGCUACGGACGGUUCGCGGGCGAGGAGGGCUUGCGGGGCCUGUGUAAUAUGAAGAGCAUCAUCGAGGAUCGCUUCGGCUGGCUGGGUGUGCGGACGGGGAUUCCACCGGCGGUGCAGUACCCGGUGGCAGACCAGAAGAAGGGCUGGCAGUUUGCGCAGGGCGUGGUGGAGGUGGGCUAUGGUGGUCUGGGGAAGAAGGCGGGUGGUGUGGGGAGGAUACUGAGGAAUAUGUAG